AUGUGGUUUGAUUUGGAGGAAAGAAAAACUUGGUGGCAUGCUUUAGCGAAAUAUUUUCUUACGCUUGGUCCUAUUCCGGAACAUAUCGCUUUCAUUAUGGACGGCAAUCGACGAUAUGCCCGCAGGCGACGGUAUUCGUCUUUUACUGAAGGUCAUCGCAAGGGUUUUGAUAAGUUAACAAAAGUAAUGCAGUGGUGCCGAGAAUUUGGUGUGAAAGAAGUGACCGUGUAUGCGCUUAGUUUAGAAAAUUUCAAGCGAAGCGCAACCGAAAUCGGUGAUUUGUUGACGCUAUUCGACCACAAACUUACACAUCUUCUGGAUGAAAGUUUAGUGUUCCUUUGUAGUUGUCAUAAAAAGGAUAAACUUAUUGAAAAUGACAUCCGUAUUCAAUUUUUUGGGAAUUUAGAGCAUCUUCCAACAAAACUUCAACAGCAGAUAGCAAGAAUUGAAUUGUUAACAAGGGAACAUAAUAGUGGCACAGUGAAUGUAUGUAUUGCCUAUACAGCGCAGGAUGAACUAAAAAGAGCUUUUGUUACGAUAGCUCAAGGCGUCCAAAAAGGAUUGCUGGCAACAACUGAUAUAAAUGAAUGUUUAAUAUCACGCUGUCUCGAUAGUCGCUUCUCGAAUGAUCCAGAUUUGCUUAUUAGGACAAGUGGAGAGACACGUUUGAGUGAUUUCCUAUUAUGGCAGUGUUCCAAAUGUCACAUCUAUUUUGAUGAAGUGCUGUGGCCAGACUUUGAUUACUGGAAUCUGUGUAAGGCAAUAUAUUUUUACCAGCAAAGUCAGAUACCUCUAAAGCGAUUAAAUGAAAACUGUCUGACGGAAAAGAAGUCAACAGAUAAUGAAAAUGUUUUGGAGUUCCUCCGUUGGGCUGAUAAAGAACGCUUAGAAAACUUACGACAAAUGUCCGAGGCAAUAUAUUAA